CCUCCAUUAUAGCCAUGGACACAGCAAGGUCGUCCAGUUACAUCGCUAUCGGCCUGUCUAGUAUUGUCAUCAUUACUUCUUUGGCCUAUAUUCCUUACAUGCUCACACAAAUCGACUCUGUUCUCGACUCUAUCAAGGUACAUAACGAUCAGUUCCAAGCUAUAGAAAUCGCAGUGAACUUAGAGUUCAAAGAGCUGAAAGUAGAUAACCCGCGUAAACGGCGUCAGACCGUGGGAGUAUGCUCUUGCGAUUCUGCUAAUGACUGUCCAUCUGGAGCCAAGGGUAUGCCUGGAGCUAGCGGUUUCGAUGGGGAUCCAGGGACUCCGGGAACACCGGGAGAGCCAGGUCCACCCUCAUCCGUCAUGAUUCCCGCAAGACCGCUAACACAAGAGUGUAGGAAGUGCACUCCCGGACCAGCAGGACAGCCCGGAUAUAUGGGACCCCCUGGAGCGUCAGGAAACCCUGGUGAGGCAGGACCACAAGGUAUGUCGGGUCGUCCUGGUAUGCCGGGAAUGGUGGGAAUGCCUGGAGAGAACGGACGAGAAGGAUCUGCUGGAAACUUGGGUGAACCAGGUCCACCAGGAAUGGAUGGCAUAAGAGGAGAAAAGGGUCCAUCUGGAGAGAAGGGUCCAGCAGGUCAGCCUGGAAUGAUGGGUCCCCCUGGCUACUCAGGCCGCGAUGGAAGCGGUGGUUCGAUGGGACCAACAGGACCUCCUGGACCAGAGGGAAAACCGGGAAAUCCAGGAUUUCCUGGUCCAAUGGGUCCACCGUCCAAUGAGGGAGGUCCAGGAGAGGAUGCUUCUUACUGCAAAUGUCCAACCAGAGCGCAGGUCAAGGCGGCGAGGGCGCGUAGUCGCAAGGUUGCAGCAUAGAAGCUUUUCUCUGAUGCUAUGUGAAGUAAAUACUGUUCUACAUCGUUGACGCACACUUGUCUGUGGCCAUUAAUAGACUAUCGAAUACUUUAUACAAGCACUGCCACAAAAUUGGAUAUUUGGUUCAAAGAUAUGCUUUUCCAAAGCCCAUAAAUGUGAUAGCAGGCAAAUAGUUCAAGUAUUCGGAAUGAG